AUGCUGCGAGCGUAUUCAUUCCCCGGUGUUGCAGUCAUCACCGGGGCCGGCGGAACAGGGAUUGGUGCAGCUGUUGCAAAAGCCUUUGCCUCCGCAGGAUGCGAGCGAGUAGGCCUAACAGACAUCAACGAAUCCUCUCUGGAAAAGACGCGAGAUGCUAUUUUCUCUCUCCACCCCAACAUUCGUCUGGUAGUGAGAGCAGGGAAUAUGGCGGACGAGCAAUUUGUCGAGGCCUUUAUGAAUGAAGUGGUGAGCACAUUCGGUCGUCUCGAUUAUGCAGUGAACUGCGUCGGGAUACUUGGGGACUCGGGUCGAUCAACAGAGACAAGCACGGAGGUCUUUGACCGGAUUACCAAUAUUAAUUACAGGGGUUGCUGGCUGUCAUCCAGAGCAGAGUUGAAGCAGAUGCUCAAACAGGAUCCUCUGCCGAGCCAUAAUCCGGGCCGUGAGCCGCAACGGGGGAGUAUUGUCAAUAUCGCCAGUCAGCUGGGGAUUGUCUCACGCCCUGGAGCUCCAGCAUACUGCGCCUCCAAGGCCGCCAUUAUUGGCAUGACUCGAGCCGACGCAAUAGAUUAUUCUGCGGACGGCAUUCGCGUGAAUUGUGUCUGUCCGGGGGUCAUUGAGACCCCGAUGACAACCGGCAAUGAGGAGGUACGUGCGCGGUUACAGCCUGCUGUGGAUAUUGCGCCGAUGAAACGGAUGGGCAAGCCAGAAGAGGUGGCAGAUGCGGUUCUCUUUUUAUGUUCGACGUUUGCCUCCUUCGUGCAGGGCCAUGCUAUGGUUGUUGAUGGUGGCUAUAUUAUCAACUAG